CCGCCUGCAGCGGCCGCGGGGCGCGGCCGAGGGGCCCGGAGACGCGUGCGGGCGGCGGACCGGCGAUGGCCGCCGGGGAGGCAGGCUGGCAGGCGCGCCUCUGCGCAGCGGUCUGCUCGCCGCCCAUCGCGCGGCUGCGCUUCGAGCCCUCGCGCGCGAGCGAGGAGCUGGCGGAGGUCAGCAGCCGGGUGCCAGUGCUGCUCGUGCUGGGCUUCCUGCGGACAUGGCUCAACGCCCGCGCACUGCUCAACGAUUUCAUGAGCGGCGGCACCGACCUUUUCUCCGCGCUGCUGGUCUCGGCCGCGCUCUACGGCUGCUGCCCGACCAUGAACGGCUCUUUCCUGAUCAUGUUCGUGAUCUGGGCUUGCGCGGACAUCGUCAUAUUCGAUGUCCUGUUUUCCUUCCUGCCCAACGUCCUGAACGCUCAACGGUUUUUCUCCGAGGCCGACGCCAGUGUGUCCAUUAUGUUCAUGCUGGACAACGCCUUGAUGUUGGUGAAUUGCGCCAUACAGGCGUGGAUGGUCAUCAGGGUGUGGGCGAUCCUGGACAAGGUCCUGCCCGACUGGAGGAACCAGUUCGCCUGGGGCGAGGCCGGGCUGCCGCCGAGCGGCGGCGGCGGCGCCUACGCCCCGCGCACCAUGCAGCCGCCCGCGCAGCAGCCGCUCCUCGGGCGGCCGCAGCCCGCCAGGGGGGGCGGGUCCUUCUCGGCCUUCCAGGGCUCCGGGCAGCGGCUGGGCAGCUCGUGA